AAGUUUAUAAUGAAACAAAAAAAAAAAGGAUGACGCAGUGAUUUGAACCAAGGCAACGACGUCCUUUAAUGGAGCAAAUAUAUUCUUCCAUCAGAGUGUAGUUUGUUCGGAAACUAGAAAUCGCAAAACUCGAAAAGAGAGAGAAGCUGAAGAAGUGAAGAUAGCAACUUCCAGCUUCACUGUUCUUAACUGCCAAUGGAUUACUUGAAGACAGUGGUGCCUUCACAACUCGUAGCGGAGCGAGGCUCCAAUUUAGUAGUCAUAAAUCCAGGCUCUGCCAGUGUCAGAAUUGGCCUUGCACCACAGGACACUCCUUUUAAUGUCCCUCAUUGUAUUGCUCGCUACUCCUCUCAAUCUCCUAAAUUAAAUGUUCGCGAUCAGAUGCUGAAUUCUCAGGUUACAACUGCACAGCACAUGGAGCGGGAGAAGGCAUAUGAUAUUAUUGCUUCAUAUUUGAAGAUACCGUUUCUAGAUGAAGAGGUUGCUAACAAUUCUUUCCCACGCAAGAUAGGACGGGUUGAUGGAUUCAAUCCACAGAGUGGAAGGAAAGAUGUGGCUUUUACAUGGACUAAUGUGUAUGAGCAGGAUACUAGUUCUUCUUUGGCAUCAGAAAGACCAACAAAUGAAGGUCAGAUUGGUGGCUCCUUAGAGAAGCUUGAAAGCACAGAUGCUAAGGGGCCUAGUACAAGUAAAUACCGAGGAUUCAUAUGUGGUGAGGAGGCAUUACAAAUAUCUCCUACAGAGCCUUAUUGCUUACAUCGCCCUAUUCGAAGAGGUCACUUAAACAUUUCUCAACAUUAUCCCAUGCAGCAGGUGCUCGAGGACCUGCAUGCUAUUUGGGAUUGGAUUUUGAUAGAGAAACUGCAUAUCCCUCAAUCUGAAAGAAAUAUGUAUGCUGCUAUCCUUGUCUUGCCGGAAACAUUUGACCAUCGAGAAAUAAAAGAAAUGAUAUCUAUUGUGCUACGAGAUUUGCGCUUUAGCUCAGCCGUAGUACACCAGGAAGGUCUUGCUGCAGUUUUUGGGAAUGGGUUAUCAACCGCUUGUGUCAUAAAUAUUGGUGCUCAAGUGACAUCCGUUAUCUGCAUUGAGGAUGGAGUUGCUCUACCUAAUACAGAGAAGACUUUGCCCUUUGGUGGAGAGGAUUUAUCAAGAUGCCUACUCUGGACUCAGAGGCAUCAUCAGACAUGGCCCCAAAUUCGAACUGACAUUUUGACAAAGCCUUUGGAUCUCCUGAUGCUUAACAGACUGAGGGAAUCCUAUUGUGAGAUCAAGGAGGGAGAGGUUGAUGCUGUGGCUGUAGUUCAGUCUUAUGAGGAUGGUAUGCCAGCUGGGUCUCAUAAGACGAGGCUAAAUGCUCUUAACGUACCUCCUAUGGGCUUGUUCUACCCAAUGCUUUUGGUCCCAGAUGUGUAUCCUCCACCACCACGUUCUUGGUUCCAUGAUUAUGAGGAUAUGCUAGAAGAUACAUGGCAUGUAGAGUACCCUCGAAGACCUGACAUGUCGGAUGGCUUAUUUCCUGCAUUCAGUGGAUUACCUAUGUGGGAUAGCUAUCCAGUUUUUGCUUCUAAGCCUAAGAAAGAAGAGAAGGUUGGUCUUGCAGAAGCUAUCACCAGUAGCAUUCUCUCAACAGGUCGUAUAGACCUUAAGAGAAAAUUGUUUUGCAGCAUACAAUUGAUUGGUGGAGUGGCUUUGACACCCGGUCUCAUUCCUGUAGUGGAGGAUAGAGUUUUACAUGCAAUUCCGUCAAAUGAAGUGAUUGACACUGUUGAGGUUCUCCAGUCAAGAAUAAAUCCAACUUUUGUAACCUGGAAAGGUGGAGCAAUCCUUGGGGUUUUGGAUUUUGGAAGGGAUGCUUGGAUACACAGGGAGGACUGGAUUCGGAAUGGUAUUCACAUCGGUAGUGGCAGAAAGUACAAGGAUUCGUACUAUCUUCAAGCACAAGCGAUGUGUUAUAUAAAUUCUUAAAGGUGGCCUUCCCUUCUAGAUAAGCAAAUUCUAAUUCUCCCUGGACAAUUAGAAAUUAAUUAUAUUGUUAAAUGCUUUUUUGGGGAAGCAUACUUGGAAUUUGCUCUCCGGAUAGGUGAUUUAGAAUGCUGAAAGUACAUCAAGAUUCUCACCACCAUUGUGCCCCAAAAUCUUCCACUGACGUUCACUGCAAUUAUAUUUUAUCUUACCAAGGGUAGAUAGUUCUGCCUUUUACCUUUGGAUUAAAGAUAGCGGCGUCUGCUGGAGGAGAUUAUUAAAGAGAGGAGAACCGACUCUUUUCUGCAGCUGCCAGACGGAAGGUUGUAAUUUUCUUACCUGGCAAUACAUCGUGUAGAAAUACCAGAUUCUGAGAUUGACUGACUGUAAUUGUAAAAGAGACCAUCAAAUUUUUCAAGUUCAUCAAUUCCUGAUUGUUUUUCUUUUGCUAUAUCAUGGCUUUAGAACUUGGAUAUGAAUGUUAACAACACGCCGCAUUAUAAUAUGGAGAUUUUAGGGCAAAUGGAAGUGGAUAACUAUUGCAUAAUAAUAAUGAUUUUAAGCAAGUGAAAGUAAGUUUCGGUUUUCCUAUCAGUUAUAGUAUAAUGUGGGGAAUGCAUGGAAACGCUGGACACCGAGAACUUGUAGGCUGCAAAGGAUGAAUUGUUGAUUCAGUUCUUGUGUGUUCACCGACUCGUAAAGGACUUCACCAUGUAACGUAUAGGCGUCGGCGUAAUCUGGAGAUUCAUAUAUUCACAUUAACCCAACUUAACCCUGUCAAAUUAGAACAAUUUACUUGAUUGCUCGAAAAUGAUGUCUAGCCUAUUUGUUGUUGAAACAACUUGAUUCCUGCAUGAGAUUCUAGUCAAGUCAGCUCAAUGGAAAACCAAAAGAAACCAGAUAUGUAGCCCACAUCGAUAAAUGGAAACAAGACAAUGUAAAGCGCCUCUUAUAUAAUUGGUUUGCGCAGUAACGUAAAAGAUUUAAAAGGGUCGGUUGGCUAAUUAUGCCACACUCAUCCUUGUUCGGUGAGUGCCGUAUGGCAAUCAAGACAUAUGGCCGACAUAAUUUGUGGAACCUUUAUAGGGUUGGCCCGCUUGGUCGACCCUCUU